UGGCGCUUGGUGCGACCUUCGCUCCGCCUUCCGGAAACACCCCUCCUAGGGCGGGCCUAAGGACGCCGCUUCCGGGGGGACGUCCGCGCGCCUGCGCCGUUGCCACGACGAUGGGGUUCCCGGCGUGCCUCGCGACGGGGGCUCAUGGCGGCGGGGGCGCGGCCGCUCCUCCUGCUCGUGCUCUGGACGCUGGCUGCGCCGGCCCGGCCCGGCCCCGGAGAGACGGGCGACGGAGGGUGGCAGCGGCGCGGACCGGGCGCGCCGGCGGCCGUGACGGAGGAGCAGCGCUGCACGGUGGAACGCCGGACCGACCUCAGCUACGCCGCGUUCGUGCAGCACUACGCCUUCUCCAGACCCGUCAUCCUGCAGGGGCUCACGGACAACUCGAGGUUCCGGGCCCUGUGCUCCCGCCAAAGGCUGCUGGCCUCGUUUGGGGACAGCGUGGUCCGCUUGAGCACUGCCAACACCUACUCCUACCAGAAAGUGGACUUGCCCUUCCAGGACUAUGUGGAGCAUCUACUGCACCCCCAGGACCCCGCCUCCCUGGGCAACGACACCCUCUACUUCUUUGGGGACAAUAACUUCACUGAGUGGGCGUCGCUGUUUCGGCACUACUCCCCACCCCCGUUCGGGCUGCUGGGCACCACUCCUGCUUACAGCUUCGGGAUUGCAGGAGCCGGCUCUGGGGUGCCGUUCCACUGGCAUGGGCCUGGGUUCUCGGAGGUGAUCUACGGCCGCAAGCGCUGGUUCCUGUACCCCCCUGAGAAGACACCCGAGUUCCACCCCAACAAGACUACCCUGGCCUGGCUCCGGGACACGUACCCGACCCUAGCACCAUCUGCACGGCCCCUAGAGUGCACUAUCCAGGCUGGUGAGGUGUAGGCACACAUGGACCCAACUGGAACCAGGGGCACCCUCACAUCACACACACACAGACCCACACAUGGGCCAGGGCACCCUCACGUGCUUGGCCUCGAUGCAGGCCUGCUGGGCCCGGAGAUGACCAUCGUCCUCAUCACCCUCAUGGUUCCGCUGACACUCUUCCAGCUCCCUGGGAGAAGACCAGAAACUGGUCAGAGGUGGGUUUGGCCAGGAGAGGUCAGUGUCCACCCCAACCUCGGGUUUGCUCAGACCUCGUCCCCCUCUGUCUCCUGCUCACCAGUGUUGGCAAUCAAUAAAGACUUAUGUUCACGACUCA